AGCGAUUUGGUCCGCGUGGGCCACCGUAGCCGCGUCGGACUCUGGCUGGCUGGGAGCUGUCAGGGUGAAUCCCGCAGCCAGACGCCGAGAGACGACGGGAGGGGAAGCACGGAGCGGGAGAGAAGAAGGGAGUCCCGAGCCUGCAAGGAAGGAAAGCGAGAAGGAAGGAGAGGAGGCGGAGGAAGGGCUGGAAUGGACCGCUCCCUCCCUCUGCAUUUUUGAAAUCCCUGACAGACUGCUUCUCCGAGUGGUUUGAAGGCUUCUCUCUCUCUCUCUCUCUCUCUCCGCACCGCCUCCUCUCCCUAUCGCUCCCCGAAGCAGCUCUCUACGAUUGGAUUGGGAAGCCUUUUCAGAGGAGGAAGGCCGGGCUGCAGGGAUGGACACCCAGGAGGGGAAAGCCUCUCUCCCUUCCUCCCUCUCCCGCCCUUAAAGCCAGGCUGCCUCUUCGCCCAGGUCUUUAUUGAUCCGGGCCUUUUGAAUGGACAGAGGAAGAAUCUGGAAUUGUAAUAAUUGAAUGCUGUAAAACAACUGUGCCCUGAAGCAAGAGCCCUAGAAUGAAGUGAAAGAAGAGUGACUGGAAUCAGGAUUUGUGUGAGAGAAAUGUGAAACACCAAGGCUAGCCACUUCAAUUUAACUUGUGUGUUUGCUGCUCACUUGAGUGGCUCAGCGAGUGGAUAGUGUUUGAGAGAGGCAGUGUUCUCUCCUCACAGAGAUUAUGAUGUCGGUGGAAACAUCAACGAUUACAAGCAGGAUAAAGAACCUACUUCGAUCUCCCUCUAUCAAACUGCGCAGGAGCAAGCCGGGGAACAAGCGGGAAGACAUCAGUUCAAAAGUCACCUUGGAAAAGGUGUUGGGAAUCACUGUUUCUGGAGGCAGAGGAUUAGCUUGUGACCCGAAGAGUGGACUCGUUGCCUAUCCUGCUGGGUGUGUUGUUGUGCUAUUCAACCCCAGGAAGAAUAAGCAACAUCAUAUUCUGAAUAGUUCCAGGAAGACUAUUACGGCCCUUGCAUUCUCUCCUGAUGGCAAAUACCUGGUUACUGGAGAGAGCGGGCACAUGCCUGCUGUUCGUGUGUGGGAUGUUGCCGAACGUACCCAAGUGGCUGAGCUUCAAGAACACAAGUAUGGAGUGGCUUGUGUGGCGUUUUCCCCGAGCUCUAAGUACAUCGUCUCAGUGGGUUACCAGCAUGACAUGAUAGUCAAUGUUUGGUCAUGGAAGAAAAACAUUGUAGUGGCAGCCAAUAAGGUCUCAAGCAAAGUGACAGCUGUUUCUUUCUCUGAGGACUGCAGCUAUUUUGUCACAGCUGGAAACCGACACAUCAAAUUUUGGUACCUGGAUGACAGUAAAACUUCAAAGGUGAAUGCAACAGUCCCCCUGCUCGGGCGUUCUGGUUUGCUUGGAGAACUGAGGAACAAUUUCUUCACAGAUGUAGCAUGUGGGAGGGGGAAAAAAGCCGACAGCACUUUCUGUAUCACGUCUUCAGGUCUCCUCUGUGAAUUCAAUGAAAAGAGGUUGCUGGACAAGUGGGUGGAGCUGAGGAACACAGACAGCUUCACAACUACUGUGGCCAACUGCAUCUCUGUUAACCAUGAUUACAUCUUCUGUGGCUGCGCGGAUGGCACUGUACGGAUUUUUAACCCUUCCAACCUUCACUUUGUGACCACGCUCCCGAAACCACACUUCCUUGGGACAGACAUUGCCAGCAUCACAGAAGCCAGCCGCCUGUUUUCUAAUGUGACCGAUGCCAAGUAUCCAGAUACCAUUGCCUUGACUUUUGACCCCAACAACCAGUGGCUGUCGUGUGUUUACAACGAUCACAGCUUGUAUGUGUGGGAUGUCAAGGACCCCAAGAAAGUGGGCAAGGUUUAUUCUGCCUUAUAUCAUUCCUCGUGUGUCUGGAAUAUUGAGGUGUACCCUGAGGUGAAGGACAGCAAUCAGUCUUGCUUACCCCCAAACUCUUUCAUCACCUGCUCCUCGGAUAAUACUAUCCGGCUUUGGAACACCGAGAGUUCAAACAUCCAUGGCACUGCUCUGCAUCGAAACAUUCUGAGCAAUGAUCUGAUGAAAAUUAUCUAUGUUGACGAAAACACCCAAGCCCUCCUGGACACAGAGUACAACACAGCUGGAGGGGUGGACAAGGCAGACUCUCAAAUCCUGGAUGCAAAAGUGGGAAUUCGUACAGUUUGUGUCAGCCCCACUGGGGAGCACCUGGCCUCAGGUGACAGGAUAGGCACUCUCAGGAUCUACGAGUUGAAGUCCAUGAGAGAGAUGCUGAAAGUAGAAGCCCAUGAUUCUGAAAUCCUCUGCCUUGAGUAUUCAAAGCCUGAUACAGGGUUGAAGCUUCUAGCAUCAGCUAGUAGAGACAGACUGAUCCAUGUUUUGGACGCUGGGAGGGAUUAUAGCCUCCAGCAGACCCUAGAUGAGCAUUCAUCUUCAAUCACAGCAGUGAAGUUUGCAGCCAAUGAUGGAAAAGUGCGAAUGAUUAGCUGUGGAGCAGAUAAGAGCAUCUAUUUCCGCACUGCACAGAAGACCGGUGAUGGAGUUCAUUUUACUCGGACACACCAUGUUGUCAGGAAAACUACUCUUUAUGACAUGGAUGUCAACCCCAACUGGAAAUAUGCUGCCAUUGGAUGCCAAGAUCGUAACAUCAGGAUUUUCAACAUUAGUAGUGGAAAGCAAAAGAAGCUGUACAAGGGAUCCCAAAGUGAAGAUGGCACCUUAAUUAAAGUGCAAACAGAUCCCUCUGGUCUGUAUAUUGCAACAAGUUGCUCUGACAAGAACCUUUCUAUCUUUGACUUCUACUCAGGCGAGUGUGUUGCCACAAUGUAUGGGCACUCAGAGAUUGUAACUGGGAUGAUGUUCAGCAAUGAUUGUAAACACUUGAUCUCAGUCUCUGGUGACAGCUGUAUUUUCAUCUGGCGUCUGAGUUCUGAAAUGACCAUCAACAUGCGACAAAGGCUGGCUGACAUGAAGCAAAGAGGAAAACAAGCAGAGAAAGCACAACCAGGCAAAACCACUGGGCUCACCAGGCAUGAAUCAGCAUCAGCCCUCUCAUCUGUACCGCCGCUUUCAUCAGACAGUGACAAAGAGGGGGAAGAUGAAGGGAAUGAAGAAGACGAGUUACAAGGAUUGCAGUCUUUUCCGAUGCAGACCAACUGCAAUGCUGAAAGAGAUUCAGAUCCAGAUCUUUCUUUUUCAAGAAGCCUGUCCCACUGGGAAAUGAGAAGGGCAAAAGAAAUUGCAAUGAUUGAAUGUUCAGAGGCCACCAUGAGCAAGGCACCUCGGCAGCGUAGUCGUUGGUCCCAGCCAACAAGCACUAUAGAGAUGACAGUAAAAUCCAUGCUUGAUUUACGCCAGUUGGAAUCUUUCUCGGUCUCCCGGUCUGCCAGCCACGAUUCUCUUUCCCAAACCAGCAAUGGAGAUGACCAAGAAGAGCGUCCUGAUCUCCCUCUGCAUGCCAAGAAUGUUGGAAACUCCUCAGCUCCCCAAGAAAACCAGCCUUGUGUUCGACCCCAAGUAAUUCGGCUGGUAUCCUGUGAAGGUGGAAUUUUCCCUCAGGAGCUGGAACCUUCCGAGAGCGAGGAAUGCGUGAUCUACCCAGAGCAGGAUGAGAUGCAUCCUACAGACAUUAGCAGUGAAUUCCAGGUAAAAGCUCUUCCCCAUGGGAAACUAGGUAGAGGCUACCAGAACAGUGGUUGCCCAGAUAAACACAGCCCGGACAGCGCCUGCUCCAUGGAUUACAGUAGCAGUCGGCUAUCCAGUCCAAAUGAAGAUUCUGAGAGCACAGAACCUCUCAGCGUGGAUGGUACUUCAGACUUGGAUGAACAGGUGGGAGAAGAAGAUGAAGAGGACGUAAGCCCUGGUCUGUUGGAGGGAAAUGCACCCAGGACUCCAGAUCAAGAGAAGUUCCUCAAGCAGCAUUUUGAGACUCUGGCUGGUGACAGUGACAAGGGUGGACAGUAUAGGACUUUGGAGAGAACAGAGAACAGUAUUUCUUCUCGUUUUCUGUCCCAGUCCCCAGCACUCAGACAGCUAUCACUUUCUUCAUCAAAUCUCAUACUGGAUCGAAAACCCAGCGAAGGGCUUGCUUGGUCAAGACAUGUUUCUCCAGGUCUGGUAAAAAAUGGGAUUGAUAGCCAGAACUCGGCCCUAGAGAACGGCAUCUUUCAAAAUGAUGGCCAUUCCUUCAGAUCACUUUAUAUGCAGAGAAAGAGAAAACCUUUUCUUGAAAUCAGCAGAGUUGCUGGAAGACCUGUUAGGACCUUCCCAGAUACUGAUGGGGAAUUGGUGAUGAGAAAGUCUCAAUCAGUUCAUGAUCUUGUUCAUAAUGAUAAGGUUCCAGGGUCGAUGCCUUCUGCCAGGCAGCGUCCUCAGACACUCAUGGUAGGUGAGAAGGAUCCAAGGCCCAAUAACUAUCGGAAUAUGUCUACAACUCUGUUGAAGAUGGAUGGCUCCAAUUCUCUUCAAGCCAAAGACAGCAAAGCUACAAAACCAAAGUCUUACAUGAGCCCUACUACUAGCUUCAUGGCUAAGAUGUCCCGUAGCGUAUCUGUGGGUGAAAAUCUGUGCUUUGGUGACUCUCCAGAGAACCUGACUGAGGUGAAGGUCAGCCCACAAGUAUCCGAGAAGACACUCUUAAGUCCUUUAGUGGACACUGAGAAGAACAAGCCACCUAUGAAAGAAAGUGGUCCAGGGAAGCCUGCUCUUCAGCAGAGCACAAGCUCUUCAUCACCCAAGUCCUUUCACAGCAAGUUAGCCUCUAACCGUGGCCAUUUGAUCCUUGACAUCCCCAAACCUCUACCUGACAGACCAACAUUGGCUUCUUUCUCACCAACUGCCAGAUCAAAAACAUUGCUAGAGUCAGAGUCUCCCAAGUCACCUGCUGGCGUUGGUAGAAAGAAAUGUUUGUUCACUGAAGAAUGGCCCUCCAAGUUGGAAAUCCAGGCAUCAGUGCCUAAAGCUAGCCCAGCAAGUCCCUCUAUGCACACUUCAAAGGAGAACCAGAUGUCAUUGCGUACCAAAGUCCAACCUGAGCUAAUGGGUCCUAAUCCCAAGCCAAAGGAGUUUUCAGAUAGUCUGCAUCAAAAAUCUCCAGAACAACAACCAACAGGAUGCAGCGAGAGUGUUGCAAGCCCUUGUUGUGUGCCAGACAACCUGCAUGAGCUUUGCUCUUUUGAACCAAGUGAGCUGAGGUCUCCCACGGCUCUUGGAGCCAUAGCGCAGGACUCAGGUGUGCACGGAUAUCCAUCUCUAAUCUUCUUUCCCCUUCUGUCUCCUGUCUUUCUGAACCGCUUCACACUUCCAUCACAUUUCUUUACGUCCAGCUUCUGGCCUGUCUCGUCCUGUCUGCACCUGUCUCGUUCUAUAAGCCAUCAUUUCAAUGGAGGUUCUUCUGUCAGUGUGGAGCAUUGCAGGCACGUUGUAUCUGAGCUUCAAGACAGCAUGCGUAAGGCCAUCCAUCUAUACCAUAUGGUUUCUACAGACAUGGGGACUUCAGCUGACAAAGAUGAAAUUGCUGGUCUUCUGACAGAUACUUUCUCUGUGAUGAAGAAAGAACUAGAUUCUCUAAAGGAUGGAAAAGACCUUCAAGGGGAAAAAGAAGCACUGGUGAAGCCACAAGAUGCAGUUGUAAUGCCCCUGAGUGAAGGCAGUGGUUCAGCUUUAUCCAGUCCUCGGCAUUUUGGAGAUGAGCAAACCCUUGCUUUGUUGGAACAAUAUUCGGAACUGUUGCUACAAGCUGUUGAACGACGUAUGGAUAAAAAACUGUAAAGAGAAGUUCUAAGGCCCAUAAACACACUGAUAGCCACACAGGAAAAACCAUUGGGCAGAUUCAUGGUGGAAGACUUGGAGGAAUGCUUUGUUUUUAUACAAGAAGCAGUUCUUACCAAGCUUCUGUUUUCAGAUAUGUGCUGGUCACGGUACUAAUUUUUCAGUGCCCACUUCUUUUUAGAGUGUUUAGGAAAACUGCUUAGGAAUUUUUGUUCCUGCCACAAUAUUUGGUUUUUAAGAAUAAAAUUACAGGAUCAAACAAACUGCGGCCCAAUCCUAAAACCUUGAUGUCACAGAAGAAGAUCAAGAUGACACCAGCCAGUCCUCUACCGCAUUGUCUUGAUGCCUGUACAGAUUGUUAAAUCUUUUAUUUAUUAAUUUAUUUGGUGACUGUUGUCCUAAACUUCCACAUGCAUUUUAUAACCUACAUCUACAUCUGCAUCUUUCCCACAUUCUGUCAUAAGAGACAAGUUUUGUUACAAUAAACGUAUUAAUAGACUAGUUGGCAGGAACAUUGAACUAUUUAUGGUGAAGCCUGCCAUGCUGGAUUUUACUCCCUUAUAUCUGGAUUUAUCAUGCAUAGGGUGUUUUUUUUAUUUUUUAUGUAUUUUACAUUUUUGUUUUCUUAGCUUUGAUUUUUAUUAUUAUUAUUUUAAAAGAAAACCUAUGCUUUACCUGUAUUUGCUGCUUCCACAGAACAAUAUACCCUUUGAACUAAGCUUUGGAGAUCUGUUACAAGGCUAUUGGCAAAAGGAAUUGAUUUUUUUUUUAUAGAAACUGUUGAGAAUUUUUCAGGUUUUAUAGAAAACAUGGUCUCUUUUCAGGCACAAAAGACUUCCAAAAUAAUUGAAGUAUUUUCACCACCUGUUCUCAAGUUCUUAUUAGUAGUUUUGUUCAAUUGCAGAUGUAUGGUGUCCUCUUAAUAUUAAUAUCAGACUUUGGGGAAUUUGGGAAAAGGUUGUAUUUAUGACAACAUGUCUACAGGUUUUAUUUACAAUUUUAAUUUCAAUUUAUAUGAAUCUAAACAAUGAAGCGAGCUUGGUAGUUCUUAAAUAUUGCAUAACAGGUACCUAAUAUCCCAAUAGCAGGACCCUUCUGUUUUUCUCCAUAACUAAAACCAGAAAUUACCAAAUUAAGUGUGAACGGCCCUAGAACUACAUAUUGUAUGAUGUGCAAUUAUCUCCAUUUCUUCUUCCAUAAUGAAUCUUUGGGGAAAAAAAUUCUGUGUGAGUGCCCUAUUGAAAUGAGACUGCAUGGAAUGUUAUUGUGGUUAGUAAUAUCCAAUUAGUCCAUUUCUAUUUUCAAAUUAAAUAAGAAUGAACUGGCUGUUACUUUUCUGCUUAUCAGAAAAGGAAAUUAACUGGCUUCCUAGAAGGGACGUACAAGCAUUUUUCCUCAUUUACUAUACCCUUAUUUUUAAUCUUGCUCUGCUUGGGUGAUUGCACAAGUGCCAGUUUACUGAACUGUCAGUCUUACCAUGAAUCCAAACAAGUGAUAGUGACAACGUGUUUUAAAAAAUGACUGACCAAUAAGUUUGUAUUGCUGCUUCUCCCGGUCUGAGAACAGCUCCAUCUACUGUUGUCAGUGUCGUCAUCGAACAUGGCUGAUCUAGUGCUUUCUGAAUAGCUUUUUCCACUUGCACUUUUGAAGCUGUUGUGUGAGCUUUGUCUUUCACUGCACUACAGGGCUGGCAUCCUGCAGUGUAGCUUCUUAUCCAGCUCACAUUUUGUAAUGCUCCAGUGCUGAGUGGCCUGCAGAGCAGCCCUCUUCUUUAGGCUGGCCGGCCAGCUGACUGUCCUUAAUGCGCUCCAAGGCUGGGAUUUAGAAUGUCUUUUGUACUUUUUAAUGUGUCCCUCCUAGAUGUUUCUAGCUGUCUUGGUCAAAUAUUUCUCUGAAUAUGCUUGAAUGGCAGUUAAAACACACUCACUAGAAUGUAGAUUCUGCUAGUUCUUUCCAUCCAUGAGUGAACAUGAAAAGGGUCAGGGCAUGGUGUGUGUCGCAAAGGCAUUUGUUUGCUGCAUCUGAAAGGUAUUCCUUUGACAUAUAUCAUGUGAAAAUUAGAGUGGUUUUUCUUUGCAUAUGUUAGUAGGCAGAAUACCUUUCUCUGUUCACAUUGAGACUGUGAAGUGUCUAGUGCUCAGGAAACUUUCCUGUUCUGGGACACACAUAAAUAUACUCAGGUAAGAGUCAUAUUCCAACAGUUACCUUGUUGUGUGGCAAAAAUAAAGAGAGAUGGAGGUACUUGGUAUUGAUUUAACACCUGAGGUUGAUGAAUGCAUUGGUUUAACAGCAAAAUUAAAAAGAAUUGUUUGACUAUACCUCAGUACUAUUAAUACUGCAGUAGUUACCUAGUAAUGAUUCAUCAGGAAAUGUCCAGGAUGAAAGGCAGUAUCAAAUAAAUACCACAUUAGUGUCAAAGCAGGGUUUCCAGUAGCUAGUUCUCAUCAAAGUGUUUUUUUUAAAGGGUACUGUAUACUUGUAUGGAUCAAAGUGGGAAAAUAAUAAGAAUGAACAAGAGUGAACAAGAAUUGUAGUUUUGAGUGGUCUUGAGUAUGUAGACAUGCAAAGAGCUAUGGGCUAACAUUAUACCAUGUAUCUUGAUCAAAGCUCCUAAAAAAGUAGUAGUAUGGCAAAGAAUGUGGUGAUUAUGGAAGAUCAAAAUGUGGAUGAUUUUUUUCAGAUGGGAAAGAUGCAAUACAAAUUAAGUGGAUGAAGAGACAUGUUGUUUUUGAAAGUUUGAUAAUAUACCCUUUAUUUUCCCACUUACAUCCAUAACUUGGAAUAUCUUUGGGGGCUAAUGUCUUCAGAAUGUCAGUUUCCCAAAACAGCUUGACUCUCAUGAAAUUCUUUGUGCCCUGGUUUUCCAUCCAAAGAAAUCUGUGGCUGAAGAAGCAGGAGGAACGUACACUUUAUGCUUAAGGGAAAUGUUUCCGUCUAAAAGAAUGAUCUAGAGCUACUCACCUUUGGUCAUAGCACUCUAUUUUUUAUCAUAGAGAAUUGACUUGGGCACACCAUGUUAAAUUAUCUGUUACAAACCUGUAGGAGAGUCAGAUGUCAUCAAGCUAUACCUAUUGUUUUGAAAUGCAUGCAAGUGUUUUUGUCUUUGUUGUGGAUGUUCCCUUUGCCCUUUUAGAAAAGCCUAACUAGAUGCCUACAGGGUGGAGAAAGAUAAAUGCAUGCAGUUACUGAAACUGACACACUUCUGUUCACUUUUAAUGUGCAUGUGCAAUUUUAAUGUAUUAAAAUACAUGGCAAAAGUCUGUUUAAGAACAUAGGGCCAUCUCAGAAGGCAAAAUUCAUUAAAAAAAACUCCCUGCUUUCUGAAAAUGUAUCUUGAGCAGUGUGAUUUCAGUUUUGUUCUUAUAACAUUCUGUUUUUCAUUUCAAGGAGAAUUGUUAGAAAAGAGAAUGUUUAAGUACCAAUGCACCUGAAUGAGACAAAAUGGCCUCCCAUUUUUUCUAGAAAAACACAGUCUAUGCUUUUGGAAACUGUGCUGGGUUAACUCCAGCAAGUUGUAUAUGUUACUGGUGCUAUGGGUGUUUUGCUAUUUUCCACUUCCUUGUCUUGACUAUAUAACCUUUUUCUCUUUUGUUGAAUGUUCAUCUAACUGUUAGAACUGUUAGCUUUUCCUUUCAUUCCAGUGAUCCAAAAUUAAGAUAUUUCUUCCUACAAACAAACAAUCAAACAAACAAACAAACAAACUGGGAAUAAUGUUGGGAGCUAUAAACCAGACAUUAUUCAGUGUCUUCUUGUAUUCAGUAUUUUAAAUCUUUAAAAAACAUAAUAAGAGGAGAAUAGCUGUCAUGUGAUCCUAAAGGUACUGUUGUCUGGACUGGGUUUUUUUCCUUCCUUUUUAUCCAAAAACCUGUAUUGUUUUGUAUAUAAUAUUCUGGAGCUGGGCUGCUUAUAAAUGAAGCUAAUCUGCUGUAAAUCACAGAUAGUGAUGCAUGCGGCAGCAAUUUUAGGAAUAAGCCAUGUUUACUCAGCAUGUCCCAUGAGCCUAGGCACCAGACGAGAAUCUCUUUUACUGUGUUCUUUCAAUACUCCUUUCUCUAUACUCCACUUGUUUAAAAGGAGAUAACAAACCUGAACUUUUUUAUUUAUAAAUGUGUGUUUUCUACCUUGGCUUUAAGGAAGCAAAAAGAACCUGUUAAAACCUUUUUAAUUAUUUGAAAUGAUUGUUUUAUGUUUGUGGGGGUUUUUGCACUGUGAGCCACCUUUGAGGGGCUAUUUUUAAAUUCUGUAUUCAUUUGUACUCUGUGUCUUAAAUAGUUUCAAUAAAAGUGUGAUCCUUUGUUACAAAA